AGAUUAGUUCUUUUGGAGGUUAAAUACUUGAAGAGAAAAUGACAUCGAUUAUCAAGUUGACUACACUUUCAGGAGUGCAGGAGGAAUCUGCCCUUUGCUAUCUGUUGCAAGUAGAUGAAUUUCGUUUUCUUUUGGACUGUGGCUGGGAUGAAAACUUUUCUAUGGAUAUUAUUGAUUCUCUGAGGAAACAUGUACACCAGGUUGAUGCUGUUCUUCUUUCUCAUCCUGACCCUCUACACCUUGGUGCUCUUCCAUAUGCAGUUGGAAAACUGGGUUUGAAUUGUGCCAUUUAUGCAACUAUUCCUGUAUAUAAAAUGGGACAGAUGUUUAUGUAUGAUCUCUACCAGUCCCGCCAUAAUACCGAAGAUUUCACACUCUUUACAUUGGAUGAUGUAGAUGCAGCCUUUGAUAAGAUACAACAACUCAAGUUUUCUCAGAUUGUGAACUUGAAAGGGAAAGGACACGGUUUGUCAAUCACACCAUUGCCAGCUGGGCACAUGAUAGGAGGUACAAUUUGGAAGAUUGUCAAGGAUGGAGAGGAAGAAAUUGUUUAUGCAGUUGAUUUUAACCACAAGAGGGAGAUCCAUCUGAAUGGAUGUUCCUUGGAAAUGUUGAGCAGGCCUUCAUUGCUUAUUACAGAUUCAUUUAAUGCUACUUAUGUGCAACCCAGGAGGAAGCAAAGGGAUGAACAGCUGCUGACUAAUGUUUUGGAGACAUUACGAGGUGAUGGAAAUGUAUUAAUAGCCGUGGAUACAGCAGGCAGAGUUCUGGAACUUGCUCAACUUCUUGAUCAAAUCUGGAGAACGAAAGAUGCAGGAUUAGGAGUCUACUCUCUAGCACUUUUGAAUAAUGUCAGCUACAACGUAGUGGAGUUCUCUAAAUCGCAGGUUGAAUGGAUGAGUGACAAGUUGAUGAGGUGCUUUGAAGACAAGAGAAACAAUCCUUUUCAGUUCCGCCAUCUCUCCUUAUGUCAUAGUCUGUCUGAUCUGGCUCGAGUGCCUAGUCCAAAAGUUGUUCUUGCCAGUCAACCGGACUUAGAGUGUGGAUUUUCUAGAGAUCUUUUCAUUCAAUGGUGCCAGGAUUCCAAAAACUCUGUAAUUUUAACUUAUCGUACUACACCUGGAACAUUAGCACGAUUCCUAAUUGAUAAUCCUUCUGAAAAAGUUAUAGAUAUUGAGUUGAGAAAACGUGUCAAGUUGGAAGGAAAAGAACUCGAAGAAUACCUAGAAAAGGAGAAACUAAAGAAAGAAGCAGCUAAGAAGUUAGAACAAUCUAAAGAGGCAGAUAUCGAUUCCAGUGAUGAAAGUGAUGCUGAAGAGGAUAUUGAUCAGCCAACUGUACAUAAGACCAAACAUGAUUUGAUGAUGAAAGGUGAAGGUAGCCGGAAAGGAAGCUUCUUCAAACAGGCAAAGAAAUCUUAUCCGAUGUUUCCAGCCCCUGAAGAAAGAAUUAAAUGGGAUGAAUAUGGCGAGAUUAUCAAACCUGAGGAUUUUCUAGUUCCAGAACUUCAAGCAACAGAAGAAGAAAAAAGCAAAUUAGAAUCUGGUUUGACAAAUGGAGAAGAGCCUAUGGACCAGGAUUUAUCAGAUGUUCCUACCAAAUGUAUUUCUGCAACAGAAUCCAUGGAAAUUAAAGCCAGAGUUACAUACAUUGACUAUGAAGGACGCUCAGAUGGGGACUCAAUUAAAAAAAUUAUUAACCAGAUGAAACCAAGACAACUGAUCAUUGUUCAUGGACCACCUGAGGCCAGUCAGGACCUUGCAGAAUGUUGCAGAGCUUUUGGUGGAAAAGAUAUUAAAGUUUACAUGCCGAAACUGCAUGAAACUGUAGAUGCAACCAGCGAAACUCACAUUUACCAGGUCAGGUUAAAAGAUUCUCUUGUCAGCUCCCUUCAGUUCUGUAAAGCCAAGGAUGCUGAGUUGGCUUGGAUAGAUGGUGUUCUGGACAUGCGAGUUUCGAAAGUGGACACUGGAGUUAUUUUGGAAGAGGGAGAGCUGAGGGAAGAUGAAGACUUAGAGAUGCAAGUGGAUAUGCCUUCCUCAGACUCUAGUGUCAUUGCACAACAGAAGGCCAUGAAAAGCCUCUUCGGUGAUGAUGACAAGGAGAUGUGUGAGGAGAGCGAGAUCAUUCCUACUUUGGAACCUCUGCCACCUCACGAGGUUCUUGGACAUCAGUCUGUGUUUAUGAAUGAGCCAAGACUGUCUGACUUCAAGCAAGUUCUCUUGCGAGAAGGUAUACAAGCUGAAUUUGUAGGAGGAGUGCUUGUGUGCAACAAUCUGGUGGCUGUUCGCAGGACUGAAACAGGGCGCAUUGGAUUGGAAGGCUGUCUCUGUCAGGACUUCUAUAGGAUAAGAGACCUUUUGUACGAGCAAUACGCUAUUGUCUGAGGAAAGUGCUGCAAAGAUGUUUUUACUCGAACUUUUAAAGACAAUGGGGAUUUCUCCCAAUUUUGACGUUUUGUAGUUUUCUAAUUUAUACAGGGGAAACCUAAUUCAUAAAGAAAUUAACUACCCUGAACAUGUAAAUAACUGCUACUGUCGUUUCUCAUAAAUCUGUUGGUACAUUCCAUGUUGUUGACUUCCAAACUGUUACGAGUUGCCAUCUCCCACAUAACACAUUGUAAGUUUAUGACUAAGAACCCUUCUCAGGAAAGGUUCAGUUUGUCAGGGCAUGUUUUGGUUUCAUAGAUUCCCUGCCAAAGAGUACAAAAUACACAUAUAGAAGUCAUUCUUCUGUUCUAAAAUAAGAUUAGAUAGGGAACU